AAAAGUUCCUCCCUUAAGAAAGACUUUUAUAUCCGCUAGUUCGGGCUACCUAGUGCAUAAAAGCACGAGAAAACAGGCUAGUUAACCAGUGGGAGUAAGCCAUCACGAUGAAGUGUUGGACAAUCUUAGCUUUGCUGGUUGCAGUCUGUGCUGUUUUCCUUGGUGUUGGACACACCGAAGAAACUACAGAUGAUUUCAGAGAACCGGCUUUGGAAGAUGCAGUGAAUAAUCAUGAGGACGAAUUGUAAGUUUCACCUUUUUUAUUCAGUUUACUAUCAAAUGUUGUUUGUUGAAAAAAUUGUUUGCAUGCAAACAUUUGAGAUCAAAACUCAAGCUUUCAGUCGAUUAAGUUUGUCAUGUCUCAUUAAUUUAAUGAUUAAUACGAAUUGUAGCCAUAGACCGAUUCGAAAAAUGGUUUUCGUUCUUUUUUCUCCCAAUGUAUAAGCACUGCCGCCUUAUAUAGAAUUCUUCAAGAUUUUACAAAAUAUAAAUAUAAUACCAUGUAUUAUCUUUGAGAAAUUAAAUCUUAAAAAUACCGAAGUUUCUGCUAGAUUUAACAAAGAAGACUGACUAGACUCGUUUUGGUGCUGGUGUAUGAAAUCCUUGGGCUGUUUAUGAAACUCGUAUUGUUUUUCGACUUCACAUAUAUAGACCUGAUUCGUUUGAAAAUACUGAAAAUGAUAACGACGAUGAUGAAGACGACGGUGAUGAAGAAUCGGAUCCCAAAACUUUAGUUGAAACGUAAGUGAAGUAAGAUUUGUAUUAACCUGAAUUAUGCCAUAAGCCACAAAGCAUAAUAUACCAUAUACCACAACGAACCACACCAUAUCACACUAUACACUACACCACGCUAUGCCAUAUACCACCACCAUAUCAUACAUUGCCGUACUAUAUACACCAUAGCAUACCACAACACCCCAUACCAUUCCACAUCAUAUCAUAACCAUGUAUAAUAUACCACACUAAACCGCACGAUACACCAUACCACACCACAGCUUAACACAUGGCAUACCAUGCACACCUUACAAGAGUACAACAUACCAACAUCAUUUCAUAACAUACCUUGUGAAACGCAAUAAUUCAUGAAGAAAAUACAAAAGAGAUCAUCAGCGUGAAGGAGUUUGUAUAUCUGAUACAAAAUAUGCUAAUUUACAUAAACUUUAAGUUCAAUUUUCUCACCAAAUAUCAUUCAUUUAUUCUAAAUUGUUGACGAAUACGAACAUUCUCAUCGAGACGUUUCACAAGCCAUUUACAACAUUUACGUCUGUGUUGUAUCAGACAUACAACCUCUCGCCUUCGGCUCGAGUUUGUAUACUGUAUGUCUGUAUCUGUACAACACUGUAUAUACAACAUAUUACAUCAUACUGUAUAUAUUAUACAUAUUACAUCGUACGCAUCACACAAUAACUGAAACUGUACAUUUACAAUGCCAUGCAACACCAAAAGAAACCCCGGCACAACAGUCAACAUACCAUAUUUCUGUGCGUUAUAUACUGCAUAAUUCUACACCUAUAUGCAUCUGCUAUAACUAAGAUCUGCUUGAAAUGAACUGAAUUUAUCAAUGCAUAUCUUCAUUCUUUAAUAAUUCAGAGAGAACGUCUUGGAGAGCGUAAAUGAGACACCAUCAAAUGAUGACGAUGAACCCGAAAUGUUCAAACGUGCACCAUGGAGGCGUCGUCGUCGUCGUCGUCGUCGUCGUCGCCGGCGUCGUAGAUGGAUCCGUGUCCGUGGGAGACGCAUUGUGCGAAAAAUAUGCAAAUAUGGUCGUUACGUCCCUCAUAUCGGUAAUGUGCAUGAGAUAAGCUAGGGGAUACGGAGGCGAUGCUUCCCACGUUGAAUUCUACAAUCCUGGGAAAACCAUAUGCGAUACUUCCAAUUAUCUGACCAACUUUCGUAAUAUUAUCCCAAAUUUCAGUAGAAAAACUCCACUUUAGAGAAGUUUUAGAAGUACCCAUUUUCGAUUAUCCCUGGCCUGUUCAGUUGCACGGAAAGCCAGAAAGAUUUUUCAACUCGCAAAAAUACGUACGGAUAAAUUUCACAAUAAAUUAGGCAUCAACUUUAAUUUGGGUUAUACCACUGAAUCAAGAGGCAAUCUUAUAGAAAUUUUGAACAAAACACUAUGUGAUGGCAACAUUAUGAGAGUUGUCUAAUAUUUGUAUUUCCAACGGACAACUUGCAUGUUAGACUAAAUUUUAAUCUAAGUAAAGAGAAGGGCAUCAAACACCACGGCUAAAAAGAACAUAAUGAAAUUAGUAAAAUUGCAAAAUUUGGUUGUGAAAUGUUGUAAAGCUUGGAGGAUAUAGCCUUGAAAAGUUUGCAAAUUUUGUAUAUGUUUGUAUUACGUGCGGAAAUUGUUACCAUUUUCAGCUUAAAAAUGGUAGCAAUUUCCGCACGUAAUACAAACAUAUACAAAAUUUGCAAACUUUGCAAGGCUAUAUUUUCCGUAUUUUACAACAUUUCGUUACCAAAUAUUGCAAUUUUACAAAUUUUAAUAAGUUCUUUACGGGAAUAAGGAAUUUACUUUCUUUUGCCUAGAUCAAAAUUAGUUUAACAUGCAAGUUGUCUAUUGUUGUGGUUCAUUUUCUUUCACAUUAUAUAGGUUGGAAAUGCCUUGUAUUUGGGCUGGGAGAUGAAGGUAUAAAAUUGUUUAUCUUUUUUAUAACAGUGUUAGAAAGAAUAUAGUUUAGAACUGAUAAAGCUAUUCUCUAGACGUCUGGUGAUAUAGGCCUACUCUGGGGUCGUAAAUCGCCUAAAUUCUGGCUUCAAAAUUGGCGGAUUGAAUUCAAAAUGAUACUAGCUCUAUCCAGGGUUGCUGAUAAUUAGCCCAAACACUGUCACACUGCGCCUUUGUUUUCUAAACGGAACUAAGGGACCGGUCAUUAUUUAUGGCGAGGGGUGGCACCGAAGAGAAAUGUUUUCCGUGUCAAAAAUUUUGCUGACCCAACCAUUAAAAAGACAAAAAUUUGAUUACCCAACCUCAAAUAUCAAUUAAAAAAUAAAUACCCACCCCUGGCCAAAAACUUAACAAACGGAUACCAUUCAGUUGUCAUACAUGUCCUUUAUCACUUCAGUGACAUGAGUUUGAUAACGGCUUGUGAAAUUUUCUGCAGUCUAAAGUUUCAUGUUGUCUGCACAUGUACUUUCUUUGGAAACACAAUUUGUUUUGUCAAACUAUGAUCAAGAUAGUGACUCUGAUUGAUUCACAUAUUGUAUUGACAAAUGACUGUUGACAUUGCUUUUCAGUCUCCAAUAUUUCAGUGGGUCAUGCUUUGAAAAUGACAAUAAAUUUUUAUUACCCAACCCUUGAGUUGUUUUGUUUUUCAUUUACCCAACCUUUUACUCACUCAAAAUUUUGUUUACCCAACCUUUUUCUCUUCGGUGCCACCCCCCGCCAUAAAUAAUGACCGGUCCCUAAUGACGAUUUGGCCUAAUUAUUCAUCUAACUUACCAACCCUGACUCUAUCCAGUCCUAUAGUUGCGAGGUCAGUGAUCUCUAGUCUAGGCAGAACAGUUUUGACGCGCAACUGAUUGAGCAAUCCAUGCGUAUGAACUAAGAGCAGACAAGUUACGCUCAUCUCUUUCUCAAGCCCUCGGGGGAAGGGCUUAUUUUUUCCAGGCAUCUUUGGGAGGGAGCUUAUUGGAGGGCGAGGGCUUAAAAGAGAGAGGGGGCUUACUAAUUUAUCAGUACAAUUACAUGCAAAAACAAAUUGGUGCAAAGAAAACCAAUAUAUAUUCUAAUCAAAAGACAUUUGUUCUUGUACGAAUAGUGAGGGGCUUAAUACAUUUCUUCAUCUAACAAGGGGGGGGGGGAUUAUUUAGGGGGGGGGUAAUUUAGGAGGUUAUUUGCGAGAGGGCUUACUAGUGAGAUUACGGUAGUUAUUUGAGAAGUAAAAGUGAUCGAAGAUUAUUUUUUUGACAGAAUCUCCUAACGAGAAAGCUCCAGAAAAUGAUGCAAAAUGGCUGGGUGAAGAAUAACAGCACACUAUUACACUAAACUAAUGACAUUUUUGAAGACAAUAGUUAAAUAAACCUAUCUUGUUUGAACGCACCAUUAAAACACUUGUGACUUUUUCAUUA